AUGUCAAACAUAACUCAAGCACUAUACUUCAGCAACUCGUCCUCCCUCGGGAAGACUGAAUUGUUUGGUUCGAUUGGUGAGAUGCUUGAGUUGCAUAUCCGACUUGCUCGGGACAUGCGUGAGUGGGAUACCUCAUAUCUGAACAUCAGAGACUUGAAUCUUAAUCUCAUUUUAGCCAGAGGACAAGUCGCUAAAAAAUCAAGCAAAUCAGCAGGAAAAGGAAAGGGUGCAAGCAGAUCCACCAAAUCAAGAGGUAUCAAGAGAGCUGCUCCCAAGGCUGCCAACCACAACGCCGCCGCCAGUGCUGCCCCAUCCAAGGUUCCAAGAAGAACUUCAGCCAAGAAGGGUGGAGCCAAGAAAGCUGGAUCAAAGAAGAGAGCUGCCGGAAAGAGAUCCGCCAAGAAAUGA